AUGUUGUCCAGAGAGUUCUGCGGAAUUCUGAUGUUGGCAGCCACUGGGCUUUGUGUCACUGGGGAUAUGGUCACCAGCAAGCUGAUUGAGGCCUCCAAGUGGCCAUAUUGGUAUUUGGUCGCAGGAUCCUGUUUGGUGGCCUCCAUUUGUAACGGCCUGGCUGUCUACUGGUUCCGUUGGGAGUUGCCGACUCGCGCUGACUUGAAGUGGGUGAUCUCUCGAUCAUUGCUGGAGGACUUGCAUUGGUAUUUGGCAGUGGUGGCAGUCAUCAUCGGUGCCUCGCCGGGAGACGUGGCGGCGUUGACCUCGAUCGACAUCAUCGCGGCCGCCCUCUUUGGGCUGAUCUUCCUGGGCGAGAAGUUGACGAUUUGGCACUUCGCAGCGCUCACCCUGUCCGUAGCCGGGGCCAUUUGCAUCUCACAGCCAGAAUUCAUUUUCGGCUUUCCAGAAGGCAAGCACCACAGCCCUGUGGGCUACAUCAUGGCUUUGCUCUCGGGUUGCUUCCAGGCGGGUUCCUUUGUUUGUGCACGGAAAUCUGCUCAUCUCUCCAUUGGGGUCUUGACCUUCAGCAGCCUGCUGCUAGCAGUGCCGAUGGCCUUGGUCCCCCCGCUCCUGCCCAUGGGUCAUCAUGCGACCUUCGAGCCUUUGGCAGAGGAGCCCUGGACCGCCAUGGGACUCCUGGUGCUCAUCAGCCUUUGGACCAUGUCUGCAGUGGCCCUCCCAGCUGCUGGCGCCACCCGAUGCCCAGCGGCCGUGAGCGCCACCGUCUUCACCUCCGCCUGCAUGGUGUCAGGCUACCUAGCGCAGAUGAUCUUUUUCAAAGAGAUUCCGCAAGCACUCACGCUGAUUGGUGCUGGAUGUAUGCUCGUGAGCGUGGUCAUCAUGGCCAUGCCUUCUACAGAGCCUUCUACAGAAACUGAAACGGAGGAAAAGGCUGCUGCCGCCCCAUCAGCGGCCUCUGUGGCAGCGACCGAGGAGGCCCAGGCCCCUUCAACAGAGGAUGAUGAGACGAUGAGCCUUGGUUCCUUCGUUGCUUCUGAAGUCUCGUUCUGCUCCUCCUCCGUCCGUCAUCGCUGGAGCCGCCGACGCUUGACGCAGCCAGAAGUGCUGGCGCAGAGCAUCGGGGCAGCGUGGCCGGUGGUUUCGAUGAGCGCAUGA